CUGCAAAAGAGGAAACGGGCACAGGGCUCAGCUUCCCACUGCUCAGCUGCGACAACUUGGUGCAGGAAGACCAAGGAAAAUCCCACUCCACGCUUCAUUUUCUCACUUCCAGUGGCCAAAAGGGCUUUUUUUUUUGGGUUUUAUUCUGCCCUCCUUUUAUCUCCUGUUGUCUCAGAUGGUAUCUCACACGAGGACCUUGUCUCCGGGCUGCGAGGGGCAGAGCUGUCGGAUGGACGUGGCUGAGGGGAGUUCCCCACACGCAGCGCCUGGGCAGGGCUGAAGCGUCCCCGUCCCACCGUGGCUCUGGUGCUCCAAGUGCAGGAUGACAACAAUGGAUGCGAGCCCAAGGAGCAACACAGCUGCAAAGCACAGCCUGGCCAAGGCGCUCUACGACAACAAGGCCGAGUGCUCGGACGAGCUGGCGUUCCGCCGAGGGGACAUCGUGACGGUGCUGGAGCAGCACGUGCCGGGCAGCGAGGGCUGGUGGCGGUGCUCCCUGCACGGCCACCACGGCCUGGCCCCCGCCAACCGCCUGCAGCUCCUGCCGCCCUCCGCCGAGCCGCCAGCCACACACGGCAUCUACCAGGUGCCCUCCGUGCCCUCGGUGCCCUCGGUGCCCAAGGGCACCGCGCUGUCCAACACCUACGAGAGGAUGGAGGGCUGGGUCCAGCCCCAGGCGCUCCCUGCCCAGGCCGUGUACCAGGUGCCAGCCCUGGCGGCGCAGCUGCUCAGCGAGAGGACCAAGCGCUCCACGCACCAGCACCUGUUCACCCUCCCCAGAGCCUGCCGGGCCUCAGCCCCGAACAUCAGGGGUGAGGUGUACGAUGUCCCCUCCUCGCAGCACGGCGGGUCCCUGAUCCCACAGAGUGGUGCCACUCCCCCCAGCACACGGAAGGGCUCUGUGCUGGGCAGAUCCUCUGAGAGCUUCCAGACAGAGAAGAAGCAGCUUUACAACAUCCCAUCCAAGCCAGAAAAAGGAGGGCCUGGCAGCCAGGACUCACCAGCAGGCAAUUUAUAUGAUGUCCCUCCUAAAAGAGAAGGCAACGACUCAGAAAAUAAAUCUCAGAAGAAAUGCUGGGGCCAUUACAACACUUUGCCAAACCCUCGGAAGUCCGAAUGGAUUUACGAUAUUCCAGUAUCCCCUGAAAAUUCCGGAUUCAAACCCAAGCCUGCUGGCCAGCCUGUGGAGAAGCAGGUGCUGUAUGACAUUCCCCCAGCCAGGUACAAGGCUCCAGCCUCAACCAGCGAAGCCAAGGCUGGAAAUCCACAGCUGUACGACAUUCCACCGCCCCAGCGGAAAUUACCGCUUCCAGAAAUUCCCCUUUACGACAUUCCACCCUCACGGGACGUGCUCCUCCCGCCACUGAACGGCAGCUCCGAGCUGCCCCCGAGGCUCCUGGCUGCCAAGGCUGAAAAUCAGAUCUCUGAGGAGAAUGUUUAUGAUAUCCCCAAAGGUUUGCCCAGUGCUGGGCACUCCAAGAUGGAAAAGAACAGUGAUGGCUCCAGCGACCAAGCACACGGUGCUUCUCCACAGCUCUCUAUGGAUGCCAAGUCAGAAAAUGAGAGUUUGUGUGUCUCCAGUGUGGACAGCAGGAGCAGCACUCUCUCCUCAUCCUCCAGCUCUUCUGCUGAGUCGUCUGCAGCGCUGUCACCAUCACCAGAGCCUGUCCAAGAAAUCAAACUGGAGCUGGAAGCAGCCAUUGAGGCCCUGACCCGGCUGCAGCACGGCGUGUCCAGCUCCGUCGCCAGUUUAAUGAUCUUUGUGAGCAGCAAGUGGAGACUGCAGGAGCACCUGGAGAAAAGCCUGGAGGAGAUCCACAGAGCAGUGGACCACAUAAAGGUGUCACUGGGAGAGUUUCUGGCCUUUGCUCAAGCCCUGAAGGGAAACGCCUCCAACCUCACGGAUAACAACCUGCAGGCCAGAAUUAAAAAACAGCUGGAAAUCCUCAUGAACUCCUACAAAAUAUUGACAGAAACCAGGGAAGCUCUCAACAGCUGCAGGUGGUCCCUGGAGGCUUUGGUGCUCAGGAAGCCCCAGAACAACCCUGACGACCUGGAUCGCUUCGUUAUGGUGGCCAGGACAAUUCCAGAUGACAUCAAGAGGUUUGUGUCCAUCAUCAUCGCCAACGGGAAGCUGCUCUUCAGGAAGAACGAGAAGGAGCAAGAAAAGAAGCAACCAAAAGUGAACCUGGAAUGCAAAUUGGCAAAACAAAUCCCAGUGCCGAGAAGAGUAGAAAUUGAGAAAUCCAGAGAAAUGCAGAGAAAUGUGCCUGAGAAAUCCAGCCAAAGCCGGGUCCCUGUGGAGAAAGCAGAAGAAAAUUGCACUGAGGAUUGUGAUUAUGUCCAGUUACAGGUUUUGCCACGUGCAAAAAAGACUGAAAAUCCCAGCAGGCAGGAGCCUGCCCGGAAAUUCCCCCUGCCAGAGCACUGCAGGCUGUGCUUCGCUGCCCUGCACAAGGCCAUCGGCGUGUUCACCGCCAGCCUCAGCAGCCAGCAGCCCCCCGAAAUCUUCAUCUCCCACAGCAAGCUCAUCAUCAUGGUGGGGCAGAGGCUGGUGGAUUCCCUGUGCCAGGAGAGCCAGGACAGGGAGGCUCGGAGUGACAUCCUGCAGAGCAGCAGCCGCUUCUGCAGCCUCCUGAAGAACCUGGCGCUGGCCACCAAACGCGCGGCGCUGCAAUUCCCCGACGCCGAGGCCAGCCGGGAGCUGCGGGAGCAGGCCGAGGAGCUGGCCCAGUACACCCAGCAGUUCCGGGCCACCAUGGACUGAGGGACCUGCCACUGCUGCUGCUGCUCCUCGGGCACGCCCGGAGAUCCCACCGGGAAUUCCCCGGGUGCUGGUGCGGGUGAAGAUCCCACCGGGAAUUCCCCGGGUGCUGGUGCGGGUGAAGAUCCGCCUAGCACAGAGAUCCCACCGGGAAUUCCCCGGGUGCUGGUGCGGGUGAAGAUCCUCCACUCAGAAUUCUCACCAGAAAUUCCCUGGGUGCUGGUGUGGGUGAAGAUUCCCACUCAAAAUUCUCACCAGGAAUUCCCUGGGUGCUGGUGUGGGUGAAGAUCCCCCAUGCCCAGAGAUCCCACUGGGAAUUCCCCGGGUGCUGGUGUGGGUGAAGGUCUGCCUAGCACAGAGAUCCCACUGGGAAUUCCCUGGGUGCUGGUGCGGGUGAAGAUCCCCCCACUCAAAAUUCCCACCAGGAAUUCCCUGGGUGCUGGUGCGGGUGAAGAUCCCCACAGUCAGCAUCCCCAGCAGGAAUUCCAUGGGUGCCAGUGCAGGUGAAGAUCCCCCAUGCACAGAGAUCCCACCGGGAAUUCCCUGGGUGCUGGUGCAGGUGAAGAUCCCCCCAUUCAGAAUUCCCAGCAGGAAUUCCAUGGGUGCCCAUGUAGAUCAAGAUUCCCACACCCAGAACUCCCACCAGGAAUUCCCUGGGUGCCCAUGUAUAUGAAGAUCCCCACAUUCAGAAUUCUCACCAGGAAUUCCCUGAGUGCUGGUGUAGAUGAAGAUCCCCCCACUCAGAAUUCCCAGCAGGAAUUCCCUGGGUGCUGGUGCAAAUGAAUUUUCCCACACCCAGAACUGCCACCAGGAAUUCCCUGGGUGUACUGGUGGCAGGAGAAGAUCCCCCCACUCAGAAUUCCCAGCAGGAAUUCCCUGAGUGCUAGUGCAGGUGAAGAUCCCCCUCUCAGAAUUCCCAGCAGGAAUUCCAUGGGUGCUGGUGCAGGUGAAGAUCCCCCACUCAGAAUUCCCAGCAGGAAUUCCCUGAGUGCUGGUGUAGAUGAAGAUCCCCCCACUCAGAAUUCCCACCAGAAAUUCCCUGAGUGCCCGUGUAGAUGAAGAUUCCCACACCCAGAACCGCCACCAGGAAUUCAUUCCCUGGGUGUACUGGUGGCAGGAGAAGAUCCCCACAUUCAGAAUUCCCAGAAUUUCCUGUGCAGGUGAAUAUUCCCAGAAUUUCCUGUGCAGGUGAAGAUUCCCAGAUCUUCACCAGUGCAGGUAAAGAUCUCCCCACUCAGAAUUCCCAGCAGGAAUUCCCUGGGUGCACUGGUGGCAGGGGAAGAUCCCCAGAGCAGCUGAUACAGAAGAAUUAAAUCUCCACUUUCUUCUCCACUGUCCACAUCCUGCCUGGAGAUGUCAUCGUCACAGUGGCUGGGUGGGAAUGUUUGCUGUGUAUGGGAGCAAAAGUUGUUGAUUUUAGGACUGGUUUCUUAUUUUUUGUUCUCUAUGUAUGUCUGAUAAAUGUAAUUUCCUUUUUGUUUUCUAUUCCUGUAAAGUCUCUCUUUAAAUGUAGCAGCAAAAUGUUCUGUAACUUAUGAUAUC